GCGUUUGUUUUGUUGUCUAGCCCUUUCCAAGACACAUAUGUGAGAGUCAGUUUUUACAUGAGAGUCAGGUUAAGACGGUUCAGAAGAAAGACAACAGGUUUUCUCAUAUGUAAAGCGUGAAGUAUGCAUGUUUCUCUCCUAGCAGAUUGCAAAACAAACAGCAGUUCCCAGAGAUGCAGUGGUGCAGGUGGGUCGGCGACUGGACGUCUCACCUCCAGACGCAGUCCACAGGGCAAGAGGAUGAAGAUCGCUGUGACUUUCUGUUCAAGAUCAUCCUGAUCGGCGACAGCAAUGUAGGAAAGACCUGCGUGAUCCACAGCUUCAAGUCUGGGGUCUUCAGUGACAACCAGCACAACACUAUUGGAGUGGACUUCACCGUUCGCAGCAUGGACAUCGAUGGGAAGAAAGUAAAGAUGCAGGUCUGGGACACGGCGGGACAGGAGCGUUUCCGCACCAUCACACAGAGUUACUACCGAAGCGCCCACGGUGCCAUGAUCGCCUACGACCUGACCCGACGACCCACCUUUGAGUCUCUGCCGCACUGGAUACAAGGAGUGGAGCAGUACGGAGCCGCCAAUGUCGUCUUCGUUCUGAUAGGAAAUAAGUGUGACCUGGAGGCGCAGCGGCAGGUGCUGUUUGAGGACGCGUGCACGCUGGCGGAGCGGACCGGUGCGCUGGCCGCCCUCGAGACCUCCGCCAAACAGUAUCAUAACAUCGAGGAAGCCUUCGAACUGAUGGCCCGGGAACUCAUAGUACGACACGGAGGAAUAGUCCAUCAGGACAACCAAUCAGAUUCACAGACCGUUUACAUGCACUCGGAUUCUCAUCCAAUAGAUGGAGGAAAACACCUGCAGAAGAGGUCAUGUGACUGCUGACUGACAAGUUCAUUCUAUUGUUUAAUAAUAAUAAUAUGAUAUAAACUCAGCAAAAAAAAAAAGAAAAAAAAAAAAGAAGUCAUGCAAGCAUUUGCAUUUUACAAAAUUACAUUUAAAAUACAGUAUCCUGAAAAAAGGACGUUUCCUUUUUCCUGAGUUUAUAUAUAAUUAAUAAUUAUUUAUUAAAUAUUAUAUAUAUAUAUAUAUAUAUAUAUAUAUAUAUAUGGACAAAGAUGCUAAAAACAGUGGAUA